AUGUACGAUUUUCAUAACAACUUUGACAGCCGUAAUUCCGUCGUAUCGCUUAUUUUUAAAGUUUUAGAAGUUUUAGAAUGGAAAUUCCUUGGUUAUGAUGUAUUUGCAGCAUGGCCCAAUGAAGCAUUACUGUAUACAUAUUCAAACAAAACAAAAAUAUUCCAUCUCCUUCACCGUGUAUGUACUAUGAAGUAUACUACUAAUCCCAACAUAACACCGCGCAGUCCUGUUAACAUCAAAAAGGCUAAAGUGCUUUUUCAUGUAUUAAGACGAAACUUAUUAUCAAUGGAACUUGUGGACAUGGCUCCUAACCUUUACAUAACAGGGAUUCAAAGGCGGAGAAAAAUAAACAUUUGUUCAAAAUUUUUACUAGAUAUAGACCCACUGUUACCAGCUGUUUACUCCGAUCUUACUGUUGAAGGUUCAAUAAAUGAGAGAAUAAAUACCUCUUUUGGUAUUAUGGUUUGCUACAUGCAUUUUUUAUAG